GCUGGUGGCUUUCAAUGGGGCGAAAGAAGCAACAGUGCGCGAAGGAAGCCGAAGUGAUUUUUGGGGGCUCGAGUGUUGUUAGGACGGGACCAGCCCCGGGGAGGUGCAACAUGGUUCCGCCCAUUUUUCUUCCAAUCAAGUGGAAUUGACGCUGACCCUUCCGACCGACAAGAAGAAGCUCAUUACAAACAAAUUGUUUUCUACAAUGCAAAUCCAAAUGUGCUGGUGUGUGAGAAGCUAAAAACGAGAAAAAAAAAAUCUCAAGUGGAAGUGAUUUUCUGAGUCAUCCUCCUCCUGCUUCGGUUGCCGAACGUAGAAGAAAUGUCCGGUCUCCGGGGUCCUCCUCAAGUAGUGCCGUGUAAUUUGAUACUUUUGGUCGGAUCCUUAAGAAGUCCGGUAGCGAGGCGAAUGAAACAGUGAAGCAAAACGAAAAAUUCUGUCUCUGCUUUUGUUAUUAACUGGAAGAAGAAGUGAGAGGAAUCGAUAAAAAAUGACAGGAUUCAUCCGUUUGAUCCGUAGCUGGACAUGACAGCUUGCAAAAAUAAAUUCUGUCUAUUAAAAAGUACGGUUGAUGUGAUCAAAGGGAAUGAUAUCAAUCAAGAGUGCUCAGUCAUAUCGAUAGUGUAGUGUGCCCUGUUUACUCAUCUGUGCCUCCAGUCCAGUAUUGAAUGAGAUUGAAUGAUAAGCUGAUAGCAGCAGCACAGAGCAGUGAUAAUAGUGGCCCCAUAGUUCAAAGCGUUCAAGUGCAGUUGCAAGGGAGAAUAGCAGCCAGAGCCGGACAGAUAGUGCGUUCCUAGUACCACCACCAUCAGCACCAGCAGACGACAAGCCUCCCCCGAAAAUAGUCCCGCCGCUGCUAAACUAUGCCGUGUAACACAAGGUUGUGUGUAUCUUCACUUUGAUACAAAAAGUGGUGCAUGCAUUAAAAAGCGGUGAUAGUAGAAAUCCAAAAAAAAAAGCGAUAAAAGAAGAUAUUUUAGUGUGGUGUUCAUAGAUAGUGAGUGCUAAGUGAAAGCUCCGAUCGUCCCAUACGAAUAUACGUAAUCAAAGUGCGGGAUAAAGUCUUGGAAAGUAGAAUCCAAGUCAACCCUCAAAAGCGACAUCCGACUGGGUUGCCAGAGAAAAUCGUUUGUUUCCUGCGUUAACCGAGAAGUAAAACAGAAGAUAAUCCUGCGAAAAAUGGCGGAAGCCGCCGGUCAGAAUAACAACGCCGCCUGUGCCCAAGCUGGGCCAGCUGCAGGGGGUGGCGGUACGUCCAACAAUGGCGUCACCAACACCAACCCCAACGCCGAGGUCAUCCGGGGCCAGCUGUUCGAGGUGGGACCCCGCUACAACCAGCUGGCGUACAUCGGCGAGGGUGCCUACGGAAUGGUUGUAUCUGCCGUGGACACCGUGACAAAGACAAAGGUUGCCAUCAAGAAAAUAUCCCCCUUCGAGCACCAGACCUACUGUCAGAGAACGUUACGGGAAAUCAAAAUCCUCACCCGGUUCAAACACGAGAACAUCAUAGACAUAAGAGAUAUCCUGCGGGUGCCUAGUAUAGAACAGAUGAAGGAUGUAUAUAUUGUCCAGUGUUUAAUGGAGACUGAUCUAUACAAACUGCUGAAAACACAGAGACUUAGUAACGAUCAUAUCUGCUAUUUCCUGUACCAAAUCCUGCGUGGUCUCAAAUACAUCCACUCGGCGAACGUGCUCCACCGGGAUCUGAAACCGAGCAACCUGCUGCUGAACACGACUUGUGAUUUAAAGAUUUGUGAUUUCGGUCUCGCACGAGUGGCUGACCCGGAGCACGACCACACCGGUUUCCUGACGGAGUACGUCGCCACCAGAUGGUACCGAGCGCCGGAAAUCAUGCUCAAUUCCAAGGGCUACACCAAAUCCAUCGACAUCUGGUCGGUGGGUUGCAUACUGGCCGAGAUGCUCAGCAACCGGCCCAUCUUCCCCGGCAAGCACUACCUGGACCAGCUGAACCACAUCCUGGGCGUGCUGGGAUCGCCCUCGCAGGAGGACCUGGAGUGCAUCAUCAACGAGAAGGCCCGCAGCUACCUGCAGUCGUUACCGUACAAGCCGAAGGUUCCGUGGUCCCGGUUGUUCCCCAACGCGGACUCCAAUGCGCUGGACCUGCUCGGCAAGAUGCUCACCUUCAACCCGCACAACCGGAUUUCGGUCGAAGAGGCUCUGGCGCAUCCGUACCUGGAGCAGUACUACGAUCCCGCCGAUGAG